AUGACGGGACACCAGGAACUAAGCAUCUUACAGUACAACGUCCAGAAAUCAAGGGACGUCGUCCUCGCCAACUUAUUCAAGGACCCUAGGGUUCUCGAGUACGACAUCCUAGCGAUCCAAGAACCCUGGCGCAACCCAUUUAUUGCAACAUCCUACCAUCCGCUCAAGACUCACUUUCAACUAACCUAUCUCGACGACGCAGCCACAAGGGUAUGCCUGUACAUCAACAAACGAAUCGACCCCAGUACAUGGAGCGUCUCCCAUGUCUCCAAGGAUAUCACGUGUCUAAGCCUCCACAACCCAACCUCUAGCGAGAUCAUACACAUUCUCAACGUCUACAAUGAACCAAGAUCUGAUACACUUUCCAUGGUGGUCGAGGCGUUAAGCAAACUCGACCCAGGUAACGAGACUAUUGUGCUCGGGAACUUUAACCUACAUCACCCCUUAUGGGCGGCGUCACACCUGAGACCCAGUGCCAUACCAAGUGCCCAACCGUUGCUCGCCAUCGCUGAAGACUUUCAACUGCAGCUCCUCACGGUGCCCGGGACCCCAACCCAUCGAUGGAAGGACGGAGAGUCAACAAUCAACCUUACGUUCGCAUCGGAGGGCCUGGCAUCGCGAGUAGUCCUUCCUCGUCGGGCCUGCCGGGUGCCAGUUCCAGUAAACCACCAGGGCAAUCGGAGGUCUAGCAACUCCGCCGACGAUGGCAGCGAACGAGACAGGACGACGAUUACGAAGCCUACCGACAAGCACGUAACAAGAAAGGCCGACUGA